AUGAACAAUUUCGAGACGACUAUUAACCAUCUGCGCCGUUGCCGGUCCGAAAAUAAAGAUCUUUUGGAAGUUACCAAUCUAAUUGACCAUGUAGUAAAGUAUGGCUGUGAAAAUAAAGCGCAACAACAAAGAAUAAUAGAUGAAAUCAUCCGUUUUGUCACCAACAAUAACUCGAUUCCAGACGAGAUUCUCGUCGUUUGUGUUGUUGCCUUGGUGACACACCUUCAAGAACAGAAGAAACUGUCAUGUUUCAAUACUUCACAAGUUGACCAGGUCGUGCAAUCGUUAAUUCGAAUUUUGCGGAAUAGUAAUGAUGACACGGAUACUGUAUCAAAGAUAUGCAGUGUAUUCUGCAGCAUCUUGACGACACAACCAAUGAAUAUCAAUGAGUAUUUCGCUCAAACUGCAAGAGGACUGACAAAUCAUCUUACCUGGGACAGCGGAAGAGAUGUAAUUAUAAAUAUCAUUCGGUGCCUGGACUGCAUGGUUGGUGCUUUGAAUUGCGGACAGACAAGCCCAACUAAUGAAAUUGUUGAUACGUGCGCUGAAAUUGGUGGCAAAAUGCUAAUGUUAUUUUACAACAGUCAUGAUUAUGUAGCAACAUUGGGAGUGGACAUUGUACCAACAUACUUGCUUCAUUCUUUGCAGAUGAUCAAUUGCAUUAUCUCUAUAAACGCAGAGUUUGCCAGAAAAAAUAUAUCAGAACUUCUUGGUUUAUCUAGAGCGUAUUUACAUUUCGGUAUCGAACAAAUUGACAGUGUGCCAUCAGCGCCCCAGAGAGUAUAUAUGUCACAACAGGCUUUAUAUGAUUCGGCAGAAGAUUUUGAUUCUAAUAUUAAUGCGGAAAGGAUUCGAAGCUGUGGUGGUAAAGCUCAAAAAAAUCGCAAACCUCGCAUAAAGACCAAUAGCAACCACGAUCGAAAAGUACCUAAUUCCAGUCCAGAACGAAAGGGUACCCUUUUGUCGAUGGAUAUGAAAACCAGUGAUUCUGAUACGUCUGAGCAAGAAAGUGCCGGAAAUAAUGUACUUUUUGAACGAAACAAAAUGGCAAAGAUUCGUCUGGCAUCAAUAUCAUUAGUUGGAAGUAUAGUAAAAACAGUGGAGCGAAGGAUUUUAUAUGGAUACUGGCAUGCUUUAUUUCCCAGUGGUACAGGCGAUUCUGUGGACAAUUUGCUUUAUGUGGGCCAACACGAUCCUAAUAUGCGCUGUCGAUGUGCUGCAAUACAAGUAUGUGCUCAACUUUUAUAUGGUUCAAAGGGAUUUUUACAUCAAGCUGAAAUCAAUGAAAAACGCUGUCCUUCAACAUUCAUACCAUUUUCCGUCAGUCUGGGUCAUACAACACUCGCCAUAUAUCAAUCCCUUACAACAAUGCUUUCAACUGAAUCUUCAUUACCCGUUCUUACUCAGACAUUAAAAUGUUUAGCAGUUUUGGUUCAAGGAACACCAUUUCAAAAGUUCGAUAAAGAAUUUAUACAAAAUUUAGUUCGACAUGUAAGGCCGCUUAUAUAUCAUCGUGAUGCUGCCAUUCAAGUGUCAUCUUUAAUGGUUUUGGAAUUCCUUAUAAGUUCUACAGAUGCUUGUAUAGAGAUAGCCGAAGCAGUGGGGCUUCCCAAGGGUACGGGCAUACGAAGCUUCGCCAAAUCCCCCAAUAUGCUUGGCGAGGACGAUUUAGAUAUUAUAAAUGAUGAAGAAUAUGUGGAAUCUGAUUUGAGUGACGAUGAAAAAUCCAAGAGCGAUAACGACAUGCUUAGUUCCCACAGCGUAAAAAUGUCAGAACAUCCACCAGUGAAUGGACAUUUCUGGUUACUUUUGCGUGUGUUACAUAAUUUAUCUUGCAAUGGCAAUGCAACGGUAGCCGCAUCGAUACGUAUAGAAAGUCUACAGGUAUUAACAGCGAUGUGUUUAAAUUUCUCUAUGCUAAAGCCUCACCUGGCAAACGUUACUGUGGUGCUGAAACAGGCUAUGGAUGAUUCAUUACCAGAUGUUCGCCUAUAUGCAGCUCGAUGUAUAGACAGUUGUGCCUUUCAAAUCAGCCGCCAAAUAAUGGAAGCUUCGAACACAUCUUCUUCUCAAGCAGAAGUCAAGUGUUAUAGCACGUUUUGGAGGGACAUAAUACCAAUACUAAUGGACCACAUUCGAAGGGAUCGUGAUGAAACCAGUACCGUAAGAAUUGUCUUAUGUGAUGUCUUGUCAAAUAUCGGCGUUAUUAUGUUUGAAAACUGUUCGCAAUCCAUUCAAUUAUCUCUGCUGAGUUUCCUAUCGGGCGUUGCUUCAGACUGUUCCGAUGAACCCAUUGUGCGGGCAGCAGCUGUUCGGGCAUUAGCCGUAUAUGUACUCUAUCCCUCUCUGCGUGGUGAUUUGGUAUUUGUGGAAAACACAGCUGAUCUAACAUUACGACUAGUAGCAGAUUCCAAUUUACUCGUGCGUGUAAAAUCGUUCUGGGCGUUGGGCAACAUAAGUGAUGCCUUAAUUGGGAAACUUGUGGAUAGCAAAGCGAAUCCGGAAAGAAUUUCCGACGACCUACUAUAUCGAAUGAUUAAGGUGUCUACAACCGCUUGUAGUGAUAACGAUAAGGUUCGCUGUAAUGCUGUUCGAACAUUGGGAAAUCUGCUGCGCCUGUUAACAGAGGAGCAUUUCAAAACGGAAAAUGUUCAAAGAGAUUGGCGAGAUUUGUUUGAAAAAUCAAUUUGUAAACUUACCGAUUGCUUACGGUCAUCGGGAAAUGCUAAAGUAAAAUGGAACACCUGUUAUGCCAUUGGCAAUAUAAUGCGCAACCAUAUAAUAUUCAAGAACGGAACAGUUACGGAUUUAUUGAGCUGGCAACAAACCCUAUACUCAGCCCUUUGUCAUGUCAUCGUUAAUCACACUAACUUUAAGGUCCGUACGAAUGCUACCGCCGCCAUUAUGAAUAUAUCGGAGAGGUCUCAUUUUGGCAGCUACUUUGAAAAGUUUUGGACGUCUAUAUUGGAAGCCAUUGAACAAUCGCAUAAUUUGGAGAAUUUCCACGAAUACAAUCAUCGCGAUAACCUGCAGGAACAACUGUGUUUGGCCCUAGCACACUUUGUUCAAAUUUCUCACAAAGAAGAUUGGCCCAUGCUAAAAAGGCAGCUUUCCCAAAGAGUUGAUAUUGUAAGAAAUACAUGGACCCGGGUUGUGCUUCGUAUGAUACCAGAAAAGGCAGCACCUCUUCUUUCAUGUACAGUAAUUCUAGCCGAACGAUUAAAGCUGGCCACGGACAUAAGCGUCGAACAAAAGAUAGCUGGAGAAUUUGUUUGCAAUGCCUUGGCCAUAGAAUAA